AUGGCCGACAUUGACAUGGACGUCGACAUGGACAUCGACCUCGGCUUGGACCCCGAAAUCGCCCAGCUCGAGGCAGAGGCCAUGAAGAUUAUCGAUGCUCAAGAUGUCAACACUUCUACCCCUGCCGACAAUCUCGACGAACUCGCCCCUACAAAGGUUCACAUCCGCGGUCUGGAUAACCUCACCACCGACAACAUCAGACAGUUUGCUGGCGAGUAUUAUUCGCUAGAUGACUUCCAACGCGUCGAGUGGAUCGACGACACGUCAGCCAACCUCAUCUACGAGUCAGAGCGAGCCGCUCAAGAGGCCCUCAUCGCUCUUUCCGACCUACAAGACACAGACAAUGUCGCUCCUCUACAGAUGCGCAGGGCAAAAGCGCUACCUUCGAACCCCGAUACCGAACUCUACAUCCGCCAAGCCACUCUUGCCGACAAGAAGGCUCCCCGUGCCCACGAAAGAAGUCGCUUCUACCUCAUGAACCCCGAUCACGACCCGAGAGAACGCAAAGGAGACUAUGACAACAGGAGGAGAGGCCCGCGAAGAGACAACAGGCAAAGAAACGAUGCUCCCAAGCCUUUCGACGUCAACAUGUACGACGAUGCAGAAGAAGAGUCACCAGCACUCAGCUACGAUGACGAAGACGACCGCAGGAACACCCGACGCAGGGAUGAUCGUCCGAGGCGGCCGCGUGGAGGUGACUUGUUUGCCGGGAAAGAAACAGGCAGACUACGUGAUCGCAGCGCAUCUCCUGUCAGGGAUGGCGACGGAAGAUACGGCUUCAGCCAGGAACAGCCCGAACGCAGAACCGCACGCCGCAGGACUAUAUCGCCCGCCCCUCGCAAGAAGGAUCUUAUCCCUGCAGCUCGCGCCAGCAAUGGCCCGAUAGAACUACUCCCUGCGAAGAACACCACCAAGACCUUUGGCCUCGAUACACCUCUUACCUCGACAAGCCCUCCCAAGCGCAACAGGGAACUGUUCCCCAACAAAUCUGCUCGCAGCAACCACCGCCGCUCAGAUGCCCUGGACGCUGGCGAGACUGCUAGCAUCAGACGUACGUUGUACUUUCCAACUGGAGAUUUUGAACCUUCAACUGACUCAAUGUACAGGCAGNNCCUGGCUGAUCGCAUAACAGGAGGUCCAGAGCCAAGCGGCUUCAGCAUUAGAGGUCACGCCCAAGCAGAUGUGCCGGGCUUCUCGAUCCGUGGCGCUUCUCGAGAGGUUAACCCAAAGGUCAAGGAACUGUUCCCUUCCAAGUUCAGCAGCGGAGCGGAGCCAAACGACCUGUUCGCCGACAAGAUGAGAGAUCGCAAUACUCAACGCAGACGUGCCGAGGACAUGAUGUAG